AUGGCGAGUUUGUCUACGGACACUUGCCCAGCAAAGGCAGAACCAACUCUCUCGUUUACGCAAGGUCUCAUUCUGGGUCAGCUGUCGGUUGUUCUGGUCCUUGCCGCCUUCAUCAAAUUCUUCAUCUUCGGCGACCCUCCCUCGCCCGAGGUGACGGCCUCCCUGAGAGCAACGGAGCGUCGGUCCAGGACAUUGGCCCAUAAGCGCUCCUUGUUAAGCCUACGGACUGCAAACGCAAAGCAAGGACAGCAGACGCUGAACCGCAAAAAGUCAAGCGUCCUCCGCAACCCUCCCAACCUGACCAUUGGCUCCAUCCUCAGCAAGACAUACUACAACGUCGACAGCCACCAGCCGGAAAGUCUGGAUUGGUUCAACGUCCUAGUAGCGCAGACCAUUGCUCAGUUUCGGAGCGAUGCACAACAUGACGACGCGAUCCUAAACUCCCUAACCAAGGCGCUCAACGGAGGCUCAAGGCCCGAUUUCGUCGACGAAAUCCGCGUGACGGAACUGAGCCUGGGAGAAGACUUCCCCAUUUUCAGCAACUGUCGCGUCAUCCCCGUGGACGAAGAUGGAUUGAGCCUUGGCAAUGGCAGGACGCUCGACGCUAGCGCAGCAACAAGGGAGGGGGCCAAGCUACAGGCAAGAAUGGACGUCGACCUCAGCGACAUGCUGACUCUCGCCCUCGAGACCAAGCUUCUCCUAAACUACCCCAAGAAAUUGAGCGCGGUGCUACCUGUAGCCCUCUCCGUCUCAGUGGUCAGGUUCAGCGGCACGCUAUCCAUAUCCUUCAUCCCCAGCAACCCCUCACAGUCAACCCCCACCAUGAUGACCUUCAGUUUCAUGGACGAUUACCGCCUCGACCUAUCAAUCAGGAGUCUUCUUGGCAGCCGAUCAAGGCUUCAGGAUGUCCCAAAGAUCGCCCAGUUGAUUGAGGCACGUCUUCACCGUUGGUUCGACGAACGGUGCGUGGAGCCUCGGUUCCAGGAGAUUGCAUUGCCGAGUCUUUGGCCACGCAAGAAGAACACCAGAGGGCCGGAAGACGGUUUGGCCGAGACCAAUGCGUCAGUGGGCCGAGCGAAGGGGAAGGAUAUCAACCAAGAUCUCCGAGCAGAGGCUCGAAGAGAAGUCGAGGCCGAAGCAGAGACUCGUACAGGUCGAGAGCAUGAUUCGCUCCGUCGCCGGAGGAUGCGGAGUGAGGAUGACUUUGCGAUACCAGGCUCGCUUCCGGGGUUAGAUAUUGACAUGAGGACAUGA